AUGGGGCUCAUCCAGCCAUACGCCAACAAUCACCACCACCCUAGUGGCCCAGGGGAUGGUCGUCCAACCGCUAUCCAGAUUGUGGAAGACCAACAGCUCAUCGGCAAAUGGGCUGGUAGAGUGGCAUUGGUGACUGGUUGCUCACCUGGCAGUAUCGGAGCCGAAAUUGCCAAAGCAAUCCACGCAACAGGGGCCGACGUCUACAUCACCGCGCGAGAUAUAACAAAAGGUCUCGUCACUGCUCAGAAUAUUCUUGCCGAUGGGAAUCCUGGAAAGGUGGAGGUUAUUCAACUUGACCUGAUGUCUCUGGAAAGCGUUCGGAAGGCAGCGCAGGCAUUCCUGGAGAAGUCCCAAUCUCUGCAUCUACUGAUUAAUAACGCGGGUGUUCUUGGAUGCCCUAAGCAGAUAACAGGAGAAGGCGUGGAUACUCAUUUUGCCACCAACUACCUAGGCCACUUCUUGCUCUUUCAACUUCUCAAAGUAUCGCUAUUGGCCUCAACACGAGACUUUGAGGUGCGCGUCGUCAAUGUGGCCUCGGUUGCCCACCGUCUGGGAACUUACGAUCUGGACGAUCUCACCUUCGAGAAUCGGGCAUACGAAGCUUCCACUGCCUACGCUGCCUCUAAGCUUGCCACUGUACAUUUCGCCAACGAGAUCGAAAGACGAUACGGCGCCCAAGGCCUACACGCAUUCAGCGUGGAUCCAGGUAUCGCAGCCACUCCAUUAACGAAGGACACUCCCGAGAUUGUUUCGAUGAUGGAGAAAUACGGGGCUGGCCAUCUACGAAAGUCGCCAGAGCAGGGUGCUGCUACCCCGAUGUGGGCUGCGGUGGCACACGAGUUGAAGGGAAAGGGGGGCCAGUAUUUGGAACAUUGCGGUGAAACAGAGCUGUGCGCGGAGGGCGGCUUUCUUGCGACUGGGUAUGGGGAGAAUGCUUACGACCAGGCCAGAGAGCAGAAGUUGUGGAUCAAAAGCUUGGGUCUUGUAGGCAUGGAUGAAGAGAAAUAA